GACGUGUUCGCUGUUUCCGCUCAACCCGGAAGUUUUAAAACAGCGGAAGGUGUUGGUCGCGUGCUGUCCCUAAAGUUGCUAAAUGUGAGCGUCUCCAUGUCUGUGCUGUGAUUGGCUGUUGGUCCCAGUCUGUGCUGUGAUUGGCUGGUGGGUCCCAGUCUGUGCUGUGAUUGGCUGCAAUGGCAGGUCCGGAGCUGCUGCUGGACUCCAGCAUCCGGGUCUGGGUGGUGCUGCCCAUCGUCUUCAUCACCUUCUUCGUGGGAAUCAUCCGUCACUACGUCACGCAGCUGCUGCACAGCGACAAGAAGGUCGACCUGGAGGCGCUUUCUGACAGCCAGGUGCUCCUGCGCAGCCGCAUCCUCCGAGAGAACGGGAAGUACAUCCCCCGACAGUCCUUCGCCAUGAGGAAACAUUACUUCAACAACGCAGAGACCGGCUUCUUCAAGAAGGUCAAGAGGAAGGUCGUCCCCAAGAACCCCAUGACAGACACCAGCAUGUUGACUGACAUGAUGAAGGGAAACCUGACCAACGUCCUGCCGAUGAUUGUGAUUGGUGGAUGGAUCAACUGGGCCUUCUCUGGAUUCGUCAUCACCAAGGUGCCGUUCCCUCUGACGCUGAGGUUCAAACCCAUGUUACAGAGAGGCAUCGACCUGCUGUCACUGGACGCUUCCUGGGUGAGCUCAGCAUCCUGGUACUUCCUCAACGUGUUUGGGCUACGGAGCAUGUACAGCCUGAUCCUGGGUCAGGACAACGCUGCCGACCAAUCACGGAUCAUGCAGGACCAGAUGACGGGCGCUGCCAUGGCGAUGCCCCCUGACCCCAACAAGGCUUUCAAGAGUGAGUGGGAGGCCCUGGAGAUCGUGGAACAUAAGUGGGCGUUGGAGACGGUGGAGGACGACCUCAUGUCCUCAGAUCUCAACUUUGGGACGUUGUUCAGCCGGGACAUCAAGUCGGCCGCCAUGUUUUAGAUCGCUCCGGAAACCUAACGUCAGACGCCUCGCCACUUUAUUUAUAUAAACAUACAUAUAUAUAUAUAUAUAUAUAUAUAUAUAUAU